AUGUAUGACCUUACAGAAAAGACCGGCCGUCUUUCCAACCCAUCACUUAACGGCUCUGACGGCCGAGGAGACGUACGAGACAUCGUCGUGCCGGCAGGGCACGACGUUGACGUCGUCACCGCCUUCGUCAACUCUCUGGACCCGCAGAUCAAGAACCUGCCGAUCUCUGUCCAGGAAUCCCGGCGUGUCCUCUGGAAGAUUGACCUCACCGUCCUGCCGCUCAUGGCAGUGACGACCAUCCUGGCGGCCGUCGACAAGAACAUUAUCGGCAACACGGCCAUCCUGGGCAUUUUGCAGGACACAAACAUUUCCAAGAAUCAGUUCUCGCUCGUCGGCAGUCUCUUCUUUAUUGGCUAUCUCGUGUUCGAGUGGCCCAUGGCCAUUCUCAUCCAAAGAUUCCCUGUCGGAAAGCUCCUUGCUGUAACGGUUCUUGGCUGGGGCAUCCUUGCCAUGUGCACCGCAGCGGUUCACAACAUGGCUGGGUUGUCCGUUGUCCGAUUCCUGAUGGGUGGUCUCGAAGCCAUUGUAUACCCUACCAACAGUAUCCUUACUGUCAUGUGGUGGACCAGAUCCGAGCAGCCCGUGAGGACGGCUAUCUGGUUCAACACAAUUUCUACGGCCUUCACAGGUAUUGUCAGCUACGCCAUCGGUCUGACGAAUACUGGCGUGGCCAGGUGGCGACUCCUUUUCCUGGUCAUCGGUGGCUUCACCGUCAUCUGGGCCUGCCUUCUUUGGGUCUUCCUUCCGGACUCCCCAGUCAGCAGCUCGCAACUCAGCGACCGUGAGAAAUGGGUCGCUAUCCAGAGGGUCAAGGAUAACAACACAGGUGUUGAGGAUGUCAAGUUCAAGUGGUACCAGGUCAGGGAGCUCUUGGUUGAUCCCAAAACCUGGCUUCUGGUCAUCUUUGCGGCCGCUCAGAAUGUCCCCAACGGUGGUAUAUCCAGCUUCUCCGGCCUUAUUGUGUCUGGCUUUGGAUUCAACACCUUACAAUCAAUCCUCAUUAACCUCCCAACUGGUGUUAUCGGGACAACCUUCCAGAUUCUGUUAUCUAUUCCAUCUGCUAAGUUCAAGGGAUAUCGUUGCUUCAUCAUAGCCUGUGCUAACUUAGUUCCCCUGGUCUGUGCCGUACUCCUCUGGCAACUCCCUCGAGAUAAUCGGCAUGGUUUGUUGGCAUCCUAUCUAUGCUUCUGGACUUAUUUCACGCCCUAUGUCUUGUCGACCUCCCUACCCAUGGCCAACACCUCUGGCCAUACCAAGAAGGUCGCCAUGAACGCACUGUGGUUUAUUGCAUACUCGCUCGGAAAUAUCCUAGGCCCUCAGGCUUUCAGAGCAAAAGACGCCCCGAAUUACACUGCUGGAUUCACUGGACUUCUCGUGUGUGUUGUCGUGGCGAUCGCCGCUAUCUCUAUGUACGGCGUUCUUUGUCGUCAGGAGAAUAGCAAGAGGGAUCGAGAAACCAGACAUACUGAGGUUGAUCACCAAGUUGAAACCUCCGAGGCCUUCAAUGAUCUGACGGACAAAGAGAAGCCAUCCUUCCGAUAUGUCUAUUAG